CGAAAGAAGAGGGAUAAAGAGAGAAUAUACCCAGAUGGCAGAAAAUAGGAGACACCGAAUCUAAAUUCUAAUCCAGUGUGCGCUGUGGCUGCAAAUGCUCCCUUCCUGUCCUGUUGAACCAGAGAGGACCGGAGGCCAUCACCGGCGACAGAGCAGCACAACCGGAGGCCAAACAGUAGAGGAAGCAGGGGAAGACAAAAGUAAAUAACCUCCGAUGAUGGCCUUGCUCUCUUCUUCCUCCCUACGUGGCACCACCUUCAUCGCCCUCUACUCCCAGAACCCGACACUCUUCCCGUCACCGGCCUUCCCCCUUCGCCGUCACGUCCGUGCCUCCUCCUUCCGUCCAACGCCAAUCCUUUUCCCCACCACCCUCAUCCACAAUUCCAACAAUUCAUUUGUUACGAACGCAACCCCAAUUCCCGCCGGCGACAUUCAAACCCUAACCCCGGCUCCCGACCCCGACUAUUGGCCCGAAUUCGCCGACCGUGUGUCCGGCGAGUGGGACGGCUUCGCAGCGGACUUCACCCCACAAGGAGCCCCUAUCGAGCUCCCCGAAUCCGUCGUGCCGGAGGCGUACAGAGAGUGGGAGGUGAAAGUCCACGACUGGCAGACCCAGUGCCCGACCCUCGCCCGACCCGAACCCGAACCCGAUCGCACCAUCUCCUACACCACCAUCAAGCUCCUCCCCACCGUCGGCUGCGAAGCCGACGCUGCCACCCGCUACACCUCUGACGAGAGAGCUGCGUCCUCCGCCUCCGCCUUCGCUUACCAUUCCAGCGGGUCGUACGUCGCCGCUUGGCCUGGUGCCGCUGCUGCCCCCAAUAAGCUGGAGCUGGAGAAUUGCUUCGUCAAUCCGCAAGAUCGGGAGUCCCGAGUCAGGAUCCUCCUCGCUCUCAAUCUUGUACGCCAUUCAGACGACGACGAAAAUCCGACGACCUCGCUGGAAGUGGCAGGAAUCAGGGUUUUCCGGGAGCAGUGGUACGGGCCGUUCAGGAACGGCGACCAAUUGGGCGGGUGUGCAAUCAGGGACACCGCCUUCGCCGCCACUGCGCCACUCCAUCCUGACAAGCUCUUCGGCUUUCCCUGGCGCCGAGGACCCACCGCCGUUGCUGCUUUCCAGCUUCAUCACCAACCCAACGGAUUGAUUCAGCAACUAAGUGAUGGCAAUGACAGCAGCAGCAGCAGCUUGGAGAAGGAGAGACUGGUUAGAGAUGCGAGCGGCGGCGUUGUAUUGCUACCGAAGCAAAUUUGGUAUGCAGUGAAAGAAAAUUGGUGCGAAGUUGGAUGGCUGUUUGAUGAUGGUAAAGCUGUUACUUGUACAUCUCGCAUUGCACCUGACGCCACACUUAAGGAAGUUCGAUUGGCACAGGAAACUGCAGUUUUGGAGGGUGAUCAAGCACCCAACUCGCCUUAACACAGUAGUGACAGCAGUGCUGCUUUUACCUUUCUCGCUUGCAGGCUGCAUUUACGAAUGAGUUUAUACAGUUGGCAGAUUCGAGCCGGUAUUGUAUUGAAUUGGGAUAGCUCAUUUUUAAGUGUAAGUGUUACAAACUAAAAUGCGGAUGCAGCUGUGUUCUUUUAUGUACAGAAGAAGAGUCCACAAUAUAUGAACCCAAGUCGUUUUAAUUAAACAUUACAACCUUACUACCAAAAUUACAAGGGAUGAGUGUUUUCAGGGGCAGAUAUCAGCAGCUGAAUUAGCCUUCACAGGGUUCUAUCCGCCAAUGAAAAAUGCUUCUUUGAGGAUGUGACACAUUACUUCAUCCACAAGAAACUGCAAUGCUCCCA